AUGGUAAAAAAUAUAAAAAUAUCUCUGAAACAAUCAACCAAGUCGAUGCUUCAAUAAUCAAACAACUUCAAGAAAUUUUCAUCAAUGGAAGUGAGCGAUUUGAGCCGGAUCAAAUAAUUCGUAGAACUAUUUACAAAUGGCUCAAGAAUAACAAUUUUAUCUACAAAGAUAUAGUCGAAAUUGAGAGGCAUGAAGAAUUUGAAAUGACAGCUUUUACUUAG